CCAGUGUCAACAAUAAAUCGUAAAAACGGUAUAGCACCUAUUAUGCUUUACGAGGACCCCAGAAAUCGUUGUUGUUGUGCUAUUCAUGUGGCGAUGGGCGCAAAUAUUAUUGGAGGAAUUGGUGUUUUUCUCUCCCUUUGUUUUUUUAUUAUUUGUUUAUUAUAUGGCCGUUGGGGUUUAAUUGUUUUGCCUGUAAUUUUUUGUUUUGCAUAUGCAUCUAUUUUUUAUGCUUUUUACAGCCGGAAUGCAAAGAUUUAUUGGCCCUUUUUAAUCACUAAUGGUAUUGCAGUAGGUAUUGGAUCCAUUUACAUUUUGGUAUUGUUCACAAUGCUUUUAGUAAACCCAGAAUUUUGGGAAAGACAAGUUAACGAAUUGACCGACUAUAAAUUUCAUGAAACUACACAUCAAUACCCUCGAGUAGUCACAGGGAUUAUAGCUUGUAUAAUGCUGGUUAUUCAAGUUUUAAAUAUUUGGUUUGAAUUGGUGGUAUAUAAUGCUUCAAGUUUUAUGCUAAGGGAAAGAUUAUUGAGAGAACGGCAACAUGGAGGUGGAGGAGGGGGAUAUCAUGUUUAG